AUGGGGCUGGAUCACUCUGGAUUACAGGCCUGUGCUGAUGAGAUCAAGCUUGCAGUGGAUGGCUGCAUUGACUGGUCAGUGGAUCUCAAGACAUACAUGGCUUUGGCAGGUGAACCAGUACGAGUGAAAUGUGCCCUUUUCUACAGUUAUAUUCGCACCAACUAUAGCAUGGCCCAGAGCACUGGGCUCAGGCUUAUGUGGUACAAAAACAAAGGUGAUUUGGAAGAGCCCAUCAUCUUUUCAGAGGUCAGGAUGAGCAAAGAAGAAGAUUCAAUAUGGUUUCACUCAGCUGAGGCACAAGACAGUGGAUUCUACACUUGUGUUUUGAGAAACUCGACAUAUUGCAUGAAGGUGUCAAUGUCCUUGACUGUUGCAGAGAAUGAAUCAGGCCUGUGCUACAAUAGCAGGAUACGCUAUUUAGAAAAAUCUGAAGUCACUAAAAGAAAGGAGAUCUCCUGCCCAGACAUGGAUGAUUUUAAAAAGUCCGAUCAGGAGCCUGAUGUUGUGUGGUACAAGGAAUGCAAGCCCAAAAUGUGGAGAAGUAUAAUAAUACAGAAAGGAAAUGCUCUUCUAAUCCAAGAAGUUCAAGAAGAAGAUGGAGGAAAUUACACUUGUGAACUUAAAUAUGAAGGAAAACUUGUAAGACGAACAACUGAAUUGAAAGUUACAGCUUUACUCACAGACAAGCCUCCCAAGCCAUUGUUCCCCAUGGAGAAUCAGCCAAGUGUUAUAGAUGUCCAGCUGGGUAAGCCUCUGAACAUCCCCUGCAAAGCAUUCUUUGGAUUCAGUGGAGAGUCCGGGCCAAUGAUCUACUGGAUGAAAGGGGAGAAGUUUAUUGAAGAACUGGCAGGGCACAUUAGAGAAGGUGAAAUAAGGCUCCUCAAAGAGCAUCUUGGAGAAAAAGAAGUUGAAUUGGCACUCAUCUUUGAUUCAGUGGUGGAGGCUGACUUGGCAAAUUAUACCUGCCAUGUGGAAAACCGAAAUGGACGGAAACAUGCCAGUGUUCUGCUACGUAAAAAGGAUUUAAUCUACAAAAUUGAACUUGCAGGAGGCCUGGGAGCAAUCUUCCUCCUCCUUGUACUCCUUGUGGUCAUCUACAAAUGCUACAAUAUUGAGUUGAUGCUUUUCUACCGACAGCAUUUUGGAAGUGAUGAAACUACCAAUGACAACAAAGAAUAUGAUGCCUAUCUGUCUUACACAAAAGUGGACCAAGAUACCUUAGACUGUGACAAUCCUGAAGAAGAGCAGUUUGCUCUUGAAAUACUGCCAGAUGUCCUGGAAAAACACUAUGGAUAUAAACUCUUCAUCCCAGAAAGGGACCUGAUUCCAAGUGGAACAUACAUUGAAGAUCUCACAAGAUGUGUUGAGCAAAGCAGAAGACUUAUUAUCGUGCUAACUCCAGACUAUACUCUCAGACGAGGAUGGAGUAUUUUCGAAUUGGAAAGCAGACUCCAUAACAUGCUAGUCAGUGGAGAAAUCAAAGUGAUCUUGAUUGAGUGUACAGAAUUAAAAGGAAAGGUGAAUUGCCAGGAAGUGGAAUCACUAAAGCGCAGCAUCAAACUUCUGUCCUUGAUCAAGUGGAAGGGACCCAAAAGCAGCAAAUUAAAUUCUAAGUUUUGGAAGCAACUAGUAUAUGAAAUGCCCAUCAAGAAAAAAGAAAUGCUUUCUCGGUGCCAUGUUCUGGACUCUGCAGAACAAGGACUUUUUGGAGAACUCCAGCCUAUACCCUCUAUUGCCAUGACCAGUACCUCGGCCUCUCUGGUGUCAUCUCAAGCUGAUCUCCCUGAUUUCCACCAUUCAGAUUCAAUGCAAAUGAGACACUGUUGCAGAGGUUAUAAACACGAGAUGCCAACUACCACCUUGCCAGUACCUUCCUUAGGCAACCACCAUACUUAUUGCAACCUGCCUCUGGCACUACUCAAUGGACAGCUGCCACUUAAUAAUACCCUGAAAGAUACCCAGGAAUUUCACAGGAACAGUUCCCUGCUACCUUUAUCAUCCAAAGAGCUUAGCUUCACCAGUGAUAUCUGGUAGUAAAAACUCUGAAGUCCUCUGAACAUCUAUGUGAGCAUAAAGAAUUUCUGCUUUAUCAAGCAUAAAGUACACCUAAUAACAUCGAGGUGCUGAAAAAGUGUUCAAAGUAGAAGGCACAGAAUCCCUUUUGUACUUAAAAUUUUUGUUUACAUUUCCAGAAUAGUGGGGUUUGGGGGGAAGAAGGACCUGUUUUUGUAGUAUAGUAUCUUGUUUCAACGUAUAGUUUUGAUUUCUUCCUGAAAAGAAAUAUUUAAAUAUCCUUUUGUUUUAGAGUAGGUUUUAUGAUACCAUUUGGACUACAAACUUAGUUAGAUGAGGUAUCUUCCCCAUAUUUAUAAAUAUUUCAGUAUUUACAUGGUAUUUGAAACAAGGAAAACUUAAAGACUUGAAUUUGAAAAUUCUGAAUUAAGAGUAAGGGGAAAAGAGAACUUCUACAGAAUAACUGAAAAAUCAGGAAUUAUCAAGAAAGAAGUGUUGAAGCACCCCAAUUAGAAGAUUGUUUGUAGAAGAAGAUCGGUUAAGAAAAAAUGUGAUUGAAAUGUUUGGAACUUCUUCAACAUACUGGGCAACUUCUCUAGACUAAAUCAACAGCUCAUAUGACAGCUGAUAGUUGUAUAGGGAAGCACAUCUUCUGUAGGCAAACUGGUAGGUAGGCAAACAAUAUGCAUUUCUUAAGUAAAUGAAUAGAGAGGCUGCUAGUUCUUUGAAGAUGAUUUUAAAGAACUCAUGGCUUUCUAGCCUAUUUCAAAAGUUUUACAAAUUUGAAAACACAUUUUAAGAUGCACAUUUUAUUGUUUGCUAAUAAUUCACAUUUGAAUUUUUUCCAAAUGAUCUCUUGACCUGCUUUAUACGAAGAUGUGCGCAUCUUCCUACUUUUUUACAGCAUCAUUGGAGUUUGAAUUUAAAUAAAUAUUAACUGCAAGUGUCAGCAGUAGAAAAGAAGUAAAACAACAAUAUCAACAGAUGAAGUGCAAAAUGAUUCACGUUUACUAGUGGUAGAGCAGCAAUUGCAGUGAUUCUCAUCUAAAAUGUAGUUGUGAAACAGACUAUUCUGUACAUACACAAUAUCUUCUUGGCCAUGUGUGCAAGGUUCCUGCAGAAGUGUCUCUAUUCCUGGUGCUUCAAAGAGUAUAUUUUAUAGACUAAACUUCUCCACCUUCACAUUAUGACCGUGGCUGUACCACACCAGAAAAUCCCUGUGAAUGAUCUAAAAUAUUAUGAAUUUGCUGUAAGGAUUGUGCCCCUAUUCUAGUAUUUAUUGUGGAUUACCACUUUGUGUUCUUUCCAAUUACUCAGUUUUGGUGUGUUCUCUACCAAGAUGCCUGUGGGGGCCAAUUUUUUAUCAAGGUUGAUUCUGGCACCUUGCAAAUGGUUUGUAAAUCGUGUUUUUGGACAAAUAUAAAUAAGGACAGAUGUACACAGUGUGUAAAAAUUAAGAAUUUGCCCCACCCUUGUAAAUGUGAAACUCAAAUGUAUAAGAGAAUGUUAGAUAAUAUGUUUUGAUUAUUUCUUUCAACCUUUUUACAUUAUUGAUUCCCUGUGAUCCAUGAAAGUUUUGUUUAAAGUACUUGUUUCUCCAUUGCUUUUCUAUAUCCAGCUGCUCAGAAAAUACAUUAUGCUUCAACAAUAUGUAAAAGCUUAGCAGUAAUACAUGUUCCUUUCAUAGUGGGACAAUUAGUUGCUCCUUUGAAAAGUCCUGUUCAACACAUAUAGGUGUUUCAUAGAUGUAUUGUUUCCACUGAGAAAGGUGAUUUUGCUUCUGUAAAAAAAAAAAUAGGUAUUUCAAAAUGGAAAUUUAUCAAUUCCAAACUGUU